AUGGUUGAGGUAAUAUCUGUACUUCUACUAAUUGUCUUUCAGCCUGUCCAGAGACAUUCGGUGCACACUCUAGUUUUCCGUUCUCUCAAGAGAACUCAUGAUAUGUUUGAGGCCGAUCAGGCCCGACUACCGGAGCUAGAUGAAAAGUCGUAUGUUGUGCCUUUGUAUUUACUUCUUGCCAGAGAAAAACUAAAAAUGAACGUAAAAAAGCGUGACCAGUAUGGACCGAUUUUACAUCAGCCUAUUGCCACACCUACCCAAAACACUACUCUCAGUAACUGGAAUUGAAGUACGUUAAUGUGUUUAGGUCUUCCGAGUGCCGAUUCUGACAAGUCAGUUGUUCCUGUUGAAAAACAAGGCCCCACCAAGUACUUAUCAUCUUUUCCAGUUUAUUUUUUAAGGUUGCCGACUAAUUCGUCUGACACGCACAUCGUGCAAAUCGGCAACGAGAAACUUCUUUUGCCCAAGAGAGCGCCAACGAUGCCUAAGCCCGUGUGGCAUCCACCAUGGAAACUAUUUCGAGUAUGCAGCGCUUUUUAUUUCUGAACUUCAAGGUUAUUAGUGGGCAUUCCGGUUGGGUCAGAUGUAUUUCAUUUGACCCUACAAAUGAAUUUUUCGCCACCGGUGCGGCCGACAGGAUGAUUAAGGUAAAAUGCACGUUUUGCGAUAAAACUCAUCUAGAUUUGGGACUUCGCAAGUGGCACACUUAAGCUUACACUAACUGGUCAUAUCAGUGCCGUACGAGGUGUGGUUGUGAGUCCGCGUCAGCCUUACCUAUUUUCUUGUGGCGAGGACAAAACUGUCAAGUGUUGGGACCUUGAGCAAAACAAGGUACCUGCAUAAAUCGUUUACCAUAUAUAUAUGCAUAGGUGAUUCGACACUAUCAUGGGCACAUGUCAGCAGUGCACGCAAUUGACUUACAUCCAACUCUUGAUAUCUUGGUCACUUGUGGCCGGGAUGCAACAGUACGUGUCUGGGAUAUGCGGACGAAGGUAAGUAUCCUUUCCAGUGACUGCGUAAUAUGCUAUAACACGUGGCUCUGUUUUGAUUAUCAGACACAGUGCGUAUAAAUUUGCUGAACUUCUUGCCUGCAACACCGAAAAGCUGUCUGCUAUUUGUGUGGUUUAUUGAGACAUCUUCAAAUGCAGUAGACAGUAGAGCAUACCACCAGUCGGCCAACAUCGGAAAGGUCACUAGUUAUUGAGAGUCCGAAGAAAAAGUAAGGUCGAUACCAAAAAUAACUGGCACGCUUGAGUCGUAAUGGCAGUCCGAUAGUGGUGGCUUGGAGAGUUGCCAGCCAGAAGUAAUUUGGCCUGCAUUUAGUGCGUCCUUUCUGCACGUUAUGUGUAUGGCUUUCCAACCCCUGCCCGUCACGUGCUAGAAGACAAAAGGUCACUUUAGCCACUGUCUCCUAUUACAUUCGCGAUCGACCUGACUCGGAAACGCCCGAGACGUGCAACAAGGAGGGAGGGGGAGGGAAAAUACUACUGAUGCAGCUCGAAUCAUACGCUGACUUUCCUCGGACAAAUAAACGCGGUUCGAACCUAUGACGAUGGGCCAACUGUUGUGAUCUGGACAACUGCCGACUGUCAAAAUAGCUCAGUCUCACUACCUACAAGGGUCAGGUGUAGAUUCUCUGUCCGCAUGCCUUCUUUCCUAUUACAUGACUAAAUUAAUCUUAAAUAACUGCUAAUAGUCAUUACUCAUAGCUCCUAUAAGAAGUAGAUAUAAUCACCAGGCGGGAUCGAACGGUAAUCCCUAAUUCACGUGAGUUGUUCUACUGCAAGUGUAUGAAUAGCGCGCCUGCAAGUUGUACAGAUGAUCGGCAUUCCUAUAGCUGGCUCGUUAGGCAGGCCUAGUUACGGGAUACCGAUUUUCCCCGCGACUGUUAAGCUAGUCUAGUUCCGUGGUCGAGCACCCGGCGGCUGGAUCUCGCCCGGUUGCGUGGGUUCCAUGUUCGCGAGAGACCUCAUUCCCCAUAAGUCUUAUAACAAAGAAAUAUUCUAGUUUGGAAUAUUGCGGCCUAUACUAAGUCCGCACACAGUAGCGAAUACAUCCUUACGCAGGCUUUAGUUUGCCCGGCAACUUCGUUUAAGACUUGCGCAUUUUCCCUCAAACUUUCCAGUGCGUCUUGGUGUGCUGUGGACUGUUAUACUGUAGCACAUCAGUGAUUGUCAGUUUUACUCUGCCAUCUUUCAAUGAAUCUUCAGGCCGUACCAUCAGAAGGUUCCAUUUAUUUCACCCCUUACCACUAUAAGGAAGUUUGUAUUUAAGUACGUGCAAUCAAUGUAAUUCAGGAAGUCGCCAAUGCAUGUUUUGGAAUGUUUAUCAUCAGACCUAUCCAAAAGUACACGCUACAGCAAGCUAGUAAGAGACGAGCAACAAUCUGCCGCAAUGGUGGCGAAGAGGGUUAUUAGGUCGUCCCUAACUAUAUGGCUCAUAUGGGUUCACCUACGUCAGACUUUCAUGACAAGGGAGCUGUGAAUUUUCCACUGAUUAACCCUGAAUUUCAGUGAUGUGAUCAUUUUUUGAGGUCAGAGGGAAGAUGCCAGUGAGCUGUGUUUGCAUUUCGUCUCCAUAGUGUGACGUGGUAGGAUACGGGUAUGGAUUUGUAGAAUUCAACUUUCGUCGGUCGGUGGAGGGCACGCGCAAACGUUGCCUGGGAGCACAAGAUCGGAUUAACCAACUGUACACGAACCUACUUGUAUGGCUCAAGAGUUUGCUGACGCAAAAAUGUGCCGUCUCGCCACCCGUUUGUAGGUGUCUUGGGAAACUUGGUUGAGAUCCACUCGGUUGCCAUCGCCAACUAGGCGAGCAACGACUGCGCCAGAUAGACCUCCAGUCUCUUAGUUGAGCCGGACAGGAUGGUGCUCUCGUUUCCGUUUUAGGUACCUAAUUGCGCGGUCAAAUAGCCAACUAUAGGUGCAAGUACACAUUAAAAAGGUCUGAAUAAGCGGUUUUUGCUUUUAGUGUGAGCUUAUCUCGGCAGCUGGGGGUGCGUAAUGUAAUGGUUCCGUCCUGCUUAUCGAAACGCCUGCUUUGGCAGCCGUUCUUACACAUGUCUUAUGGUGCAUUUUUGGAAGUCUUUCUAGCAGGACAUUUAGUAUGAAAACUACAUAUGUGGUCCAUUUUUUUACUUUUUGCUGCCCUACCAUGACAUACAACCGUAGAGUCUUGAUGGUGACAACGUGCGUUUUCCGACUUUGACCUUGGGUAUUAUCACGGCGUUUAUCUGUUUCAUCAUAGGCCGCCUAAAUUACAAUCUUUCCCGUCCUAGCAGACACCAAAAAACUGGGUAACAAUCGGGAGAUGGCACUCAAAAAAUCCGUUACCUAGAAAUAAUACGUUUAACAGUGGACUCAAACGCCUUCAGGCUAUAUCAGCGGUUGCAGGCCUACUGUCACGCACUACUUGGACUUUCCGCGACGGCCUAACAUGGGCUGGCCGAACGAACAUAGCAGGAGGUUACAUGGACGAUGGUCGCUGUUACCCAACCUUCCCCACCGUUACACACGUACACCUGAAUAUACGGCAUACAUUCGCAUUAUGGAAGUUUAUUACAAAACUAAAUCACUUUUAAGUAAGAUAAGUCUGCACAACAUGGGACAGGAACAGUUCCCAGGCAUCUGUCAAAGACAUGGCAUUAAGGCCAAACCAAAGACGAUACUGUACUUCGUCUAUGUGAGCCCACACAGCUCGAUCACAUACAGGGCCUCCCUCGUGGAGUUUCCUUUUCAGUCUACUCCGGUAUGCCUCAAUGGCAUUGGUGUGCCGUCCGGUGGUAGGGUCUUUGAAGUUAUUUGAGUGGUUAACAGAGAAAUGUAGAUAACCUUCUGAGGGAAGACGAUUAUACGCCUUCCACUCGUCCGUUACCACUAGGCUGUCUUUGGCGACCUAUUUUGUAAUAACGGAACGGAGAGCGGGCCAACUUCGAUCAUUCGUCUGUUCAAAUAAGGCUUUCCGUCGGCUAGUAUCGUACAUCCCGACCAGCCACCACCCAUAAAACCCCUAUUACCACCUGUCCCGUAGGACAGACUGCUUUGGUUAGGCGAAUUUUUUUGGGUGCCAUCUCCCGAUCGUUACCAAAAACUGUUCGCACAUAAUUUAACCCUGGUUUUUGAAAAGUCUUAUGAACGAAUGGGGUUCCGUACGCCACCCACUUCUCUGAACCGUAUCAACUUUUUUCGACAUCUCUCUGCCCACAGCUUGAUGUUUUUUCCUUCUUCAGGUCAAUGUGCACACCAUGACCGGCCACACAAACACGGUCUCUACUGUGCGCUGUCAGGAGUCCGACCCACAGGUCAUAACCGGCUCACAUGACGCCACCAUUCGGCUGUGGGAUUUGGCCACCGGAAGAACGAUGUGCUGUCUGACCAAUCAUAAGAAGAGUGUUCGUUCGGUUUUCAUUCAUCCGACCCAGUGAGUAUUCCAUUAUCUUAGUUUUCCUUAGAGAUCGGGUUGGGAUCUGUUGCAGACCUAAACGGUCAGUCCGCCCGCCAGGUCUUGUAAAUGGAAUAUCUUUUUAUUUAAUUGCUACAAGUUUUUAAAUAUUAGUGGGCUUGAAUUUGAUGCUUUUCGAAGGGAAGAUCUUCCGACUGGCGGCCGUGUUGGCUACAUUUAAGUAGCUCUCUCAGCAUUUUUCGGGCUCCUUUUCAUCUAAUACAGUUUGCUGUUUUAGUGGACUGGUAACUCGAUCUCUGCUGCCUCUGUCACGAAAAUCGAAAUUCAGAGUCGUAUGUCUUCCUAAGUAUUUCUGCUCUUUAUCCUAAACACUGCUCCUAAGAACACAGAGCCAUCCUGAGGCUUCUGUGAGGUUCCAACCUCGCUGGAAGCAUUUGCAACGUCAUUUCUCCAUCUUUAUCGUGAUUGUCGAUUUUCCAGGCUGAUGAUCGGCAACCCCUUACAGUAUUAUCGUCACAUGGCCCAAGACUGCUUUCUUCUGUCACGAUUGCAUGGUUAUUCUGCGGCAGCCUCCAAUUGAGGUCGUUCCACUGUCCGGUAUAUGUGGUGGCACCAAGGAGAUCUCGUCUUGCCGGGGUUUUAACUCAUUGCUGUGAGAAUCAAAAUGUGGUUUGGAGUAUGUUAAGACAGUCGCCACUUCAAUGCUGUCAAAAUGCUAAAAGCAACGACGCGUCUUUUAUUCACAUCUUCUCGGAUUUGUUUGCAUAUGAGCGCAUAAUCUCUAGAUGGAUCGUGUAUUCUGGUAUGACAUCUGUAGAUUUAGGACCAUUUCAGAGUACGUGACCUGUCUCUGGUAGCAGUCUAAACCGAACCAUAAAUUGUUUCCAGAGAACCUACACACGAUGUAGAUGAGGGCCUGUGUUGCGCGUCAGAGUGCUUUGGGCACCGAACCUUUUUCUACUGAUGCAGUUUAUAUUUUCAAAUUCAGACGGAAAUUAUUGAUCGGACAUAUGACAAAUGUGUUAAACAGUCAACUUUUCAAACGUACCUGGAUGUCACAGAUUGCCAAGUGUUUGUGUCAAUGAACGUUUGCUGUAUUGGAGUGACUGUUGCCACUUCAACUUGCCCCUGGGACUUGCGCGCGACGUUUAAACCAAUAUGCCAGGUGAUGCGUAACCCACAAGUGCUCGGCCUCAACCAGUUCUCGACCAUUCUUGGAUGGAUAGACACCAACAGUGCGAAUCCUGCCCGGAAAAGGCGUUUUUGAUGUCCAUGUUAUAAAUGGCUGCCUGGGAAAGCUGCACCGGUCUUUAUUGCCAGCCAAUGUUUCGGUACACAUGUAGGGUCGAAAUCUCGAAUUUAACCACACUACAACGCAUAGCAGGCACCACGUUUUUUUGCGACAGUUUAGUCGGCAAUUAUCCAAUUCCUAUACAAACCAGGAGGAACCUAAAUUGUAGCAGAUGAGAUUUUUACAUCGUCCGAUGCUCUUUUUCUCCAUCCACGGACCUGCCGCUGCAUUUAGCGAAGGAAUGCAUAGACGAACUCGAGGCCCACGAAAUGAGUGUUUCCGCAGUCGUUUAGUCGCAGCCUAGACAUAAACCUGCUAAUUAAAUUCAGUCAAAAGUACUACCAGCAGUUGUAGUGGGCUCGUAUGGGUUCACCUACGUCGGACUUUCUUGACAAGGGAGCUGUGAAUUUUCCACUGAUUAACCCUGGAUUUCGGUUUCGUUAUACUAAUGGCAUGUUUGUCGUCGUUGAAAACAGUAAACCGGAGACGUCCUGCAGCAUUGGCCUGCAAACCACUAAGAAAAUACGCAUCCCAAUAAUGUUGAAUUUGAGUAGCCAAUCGCCGGAAUUAAUAACUUACUAUUCGAGGUUUUGGAUCUACUCUCGGCCUCAUCUUCGUAAAUAUAGUCGACAAAAGUAGCAUCUCGGUUCCGUGUCAUUGUAGCUGUUUUUAUUAAUCUACGCGCUAGUCGAUAAUCUCUUGCCUUGAUUCCGACCGCUUGAUAUGUGGGCGUGAGUUUGACAUAUUUAUCUAGCGAUGCGCGACUGAAUUCUCACGUCUUGGUCACCUCCCGUCGCGCUGCUGGCGGGUUUUCAAACUGCUAGCAUGACAGCAAAAUUAAAGGUGUUAUUCUGCUCCGGGCAGUGACUGACAAUGAGCGAUAGUGGGUCUCAGCCUCAAAACUGUCCUCUUGUCUUCAUAAAGCCUAGUCUCUGAUCAUCGUUCACUUUUACAUGUAUAGUUGCGGAGGCAGUCAACGCAUGGAAUGCGGUAGAUAGCAAUCGACUGCUCUAGACUUUGUCGGUUCUGUACGUGCUUGAUUUGGCGGCGCAUUGAGUGUGCAGUGCGGGAAUUUGGGUCUCAAACGUAACGUUCUGUCGUUGCUUCUAAAUAUCCCACGUGGGAUGUGGCUCUCGCUAGUUUUUGUUUCUGGCGUGUCACAGUAUAUGCGUAGCCUUCCCUGGAGGGCCCUCAUGCUGCUUUUCGUGUUAACGGCCAGCGCUUAUAGUUACCGCUCGCGCCUCAAAAGUGACUACGAGGUCCCACACUUUAGCGCAUCUUUUGUUUUAAAGAGCUUCACGGCAAAAAAUCUCCACCUAUUGCCCACUGAGUUGUUUGUAUGACGAGUUGCUCACAGGAAGUGUCGAAUCGCUGAUAAUUAGCCACCUCGUCUCCAUCUACAGCCUCCUUUUCAAUGACAUGGAUAACAAUUGUCAGGCAGUCACCGAUUAAUUCUCUGGAUUCUGAUUUUAGCCGCAAUUGGGCUACUUCCUGUUCGUUCAAGUAGGAAUAGUGGUUGUUAGUCAGCACUAUUUUCAUCUGUCUUUUGAAAUUGUUUACUGUCUGCUUAGUUCUAGUUUCGCCAAUGAUAUGUAAUUAACGCUCUUUGGUACGAUUCCCCCACAAAUGCGCGUGCAAAAAUCUUAGGGGCAGGUCGAAGUACCGGCAUCCGACGCAGACUGGACAGUGAUAUAUGGCAAGCUCUCACUACCGGAAAUGUAAAACAACCUUUGAUCCCUAGACUGCUUGACACCUUUAUCGCACGUCAUGCGACGUGAGAGAAGGGCGGCAGCGAGGAUUUAGGGAACAGGGCUUGUUGUCUUGUCGAAAAAUUUCCCGAACCAAAUUUAUACAUGUAUAUAUAUGAAGAUUAUAUCCGCAAACGCCUUUUUCUACUCCAGGAACGCAUUUGCGUCAGCCUCCCCCGACAAUAUUAAACAAUGGAAACUUCCUCAGGGCACUUUUCUACAGAACAUGUCUGGUCAUAAUGCCAUCGUCAAUGCCCUUACGAUCAAUAUGGAUGGAGUGGUGGUGAGCGGAGGUGAGUGUCUCUCUUACUGCCAUUUUGCUUCGAAGUAACAAUUGUCGGCGUCCAGCUUUGCUCUGCAAUUCUUCACACAAGUUUAUCCCUCGUCACUUUGGGAUCUAGUUCACUGUAAAUCAACGCCAUAUUCCAGUCUUUUUUUCCCUACCUCCUUGCCCGAUGUCCAUUGUGCACAAACGGUUGAUAUCUGAAAAGGCCUGAACGACAGACUUGACGCAUGCAUGUGUCCGAUACAGUUGGAAUUACGGCUGAUUAGAACAGUUUCGACGGUAUGGCGUAUUGUACCUCCACGUCUGACGAUGUGUGACAUCAGAUCCCAAUCGUUCUCUGGCGGCGAAGACUGAACAGUACUCAGGGUCCAAUAGCUACUUACAUAUCAGCUGCCUUUAUCGUUACCUCCAUGCGACUGGCGACGAAGAACAUGCCCAAACCACCCUACUUGUUCUUCUUGGGCGGCCUGAGGUGCUCCCACGAUGGUGCCACAGCCAGUGUUAACUGUCUUGUUUGAGACUAAGUCAGCGCAAUUCACCUGAAAGCUCGUCUAAGACAGCGGUGGUCGAGUAUCUCUAGUUUUAACUCGUUUCCAACGUUUGGGACCUGAAAUAUUAGAUGAUUUAGUAGACUGAUGCCCGAUGCACAAGGAUCUUCGUGGUGACGGAGAUGUCGCGUCGGGUCUACAAAUACUCGGGGCCUGAGAUAACCCCGUGAACAACGUGGACUUGGGCGAUGCCCGUUUAGCUGGGAUUUUGUCUGAGGAUAUUUUGGACUGUUCACUGCAACCGGUACACGUGCAUAGUAGCGGGUGAGCACGUCUCGCACAGCCCCUGACCAUUUUUUUACAGGUGCUGGAUGUUUUUUGUGAAAGCCAUCCUUCCAUAUCCCCGGCACAACACAGUAGAUGUGCUACCUGAUGAGGCGUCAACCAAAAUCUCGAAAUGUGUUUUCGUCUAGGAAAGAUUACUUAGAUAGGGUUUCCACAGAGACUGGAAACAUUUCCCUCGCCUAGGAAGGGGAGUCAAGCACGGAGAUAGUCUUGUGCUGAACUGUCGGACAUUUUAUUAGCAACUAUCAAGGCGGUGUCUAACAGCCACCAGACAGGCCUGUUGCCUUUGUCAGUAACUAUCUUGCUUUUGGUGUUUCUAGCUAAUUAUGGAGCAGAUUUGUCUCUGAGCCCGGGUGCAUUGCGUCUCGUUGGUAGGAGCAUGCGGUAAGGCGACACCAAUCGGUAAAUAUAUUCUGGCUAACUUCCCGCGUGCAUACGUGCUGCCCGAUCUCAUCUCCCCGUCUAGACUCAGGCAGACCGCUGGAGUAAGGCCGACCCAGCACGCACUCUCCCCACUAACAUCCUACCGCGUUUACAAGCCAUCACAACUCGCAAAAAAGUUAGGACGGUUGUCGGCUGACGUAAUACCCGUCCUUGUAUUAUUACUAUUAUUGAAACACCACAGGUGUGGUAGUGGAGAUGGUGCGAAAGUCACCAUUGCACAACCUUCGGAGUGCUGGUGAUCGCCGUCGCUUGCGACAGACGAAUAUUUACGGUGGCCGAUGACUUGCACCUCAUGUUCAGUCUUGGCGAAAAGAACCUGAGAUAUUAUUUCGUUGAAAUUUGUGGGUAACGACGAGAGUAGCCAUGCUAUGUUCGCGUAACCUGGUCUGUUUUCCUACCUUUGGCCUGCAUUGACUAACGCUAAAGUAGACUGACAGAAGCACCAAGUUAGAAAUUCCCACACUUUGACUGUCUCUGUGGAUUUCUUCAUGCUUUUCGUGGCGGAUUUAGCGCCAGACCUUUUUCAUCCGCGACGUGAGCUCGCCUCCCCAUCGAAAAAACUACCGUUUGUACUGGAGUAGUGCCUUAAUCGCCUGGUUACGGGUUCAGCUGUGCUGGCCACCUGCGCCCUCUUUCGCAUUCGGUCUUCUAGACUCCGUCACGAAACGGGGCUCAGGUGGGGGGAGGAGAGAACGCGGUAUAUGCUGUGCAAGUGCACUACCACUAUAAACUAAUUCACGCACAAGUCACCGUGCUGUGGAGCACACGGUGGAAAUAGUCAGCAACAACGGUCGAACUGUUUAUGCCUUAAUAGCCUAAUGCCUUCUUUCUAAAGGUGACAACGGCAGUAUGCACUUCUGGGACUGGAAAUCAGGCUACAACUUCCAACGCCUACAGUCUCAGGUGCAGCCUGGAAGUAUCAACUCGGAGGCCGGCAUCUUCGCACUGGCCUUUGAUCGCAGUGGUUCCCGCCUUGUAUCCGCAGAGGCGGACAAAACAAUAAAGAUAUUCAAGGAGGACGAAACUGCGGUAGGUGCUCCCCGUACUUUCAAAGUUUGCCUUUCACGCUGAGUACUCCCAGUGAAAUCUAGUUAUACCAGGUCUUAAACUUAAAAAGUGAUCGGAUCGGCAACAGGUUCAGUUUUUUUUAACAGCUUUUCUCCGAUGAGAGAAGGGCACUUUCGGCCGGUUUUUCUACAUAAAUGAUGGUAACCUCUUAUUCUUGUAGAUGGAGGAGACACACCUAACAAAUUGGCGUCCCGGGCUCUUGCGUAAAUCGAAGUACUAA